AUGGGGAUUACCAAUUCCAUGGACGUCCUCUUGGUCUUUGCAGUCCUGUUGCUCAAUGCUGAUGUCGGGUCGUGCGGCUGCUUCAAGCGCAUCUUUGCCUUUGGUGACUCCAUCAUUGGCACCGGCAACUUCCGGACAGGUUCGAUGUGGAUGCCCCCUUAUGGAGGGACCUACUUCCACCACCCCACUGGCCGCUGCUCCGACGGGCGUCUAAUCGUCGACUUCUACGCGCAAGCGUUUGGCCUGCCCCUGCUGCCGCCGAGCGAGCCCGAGGAGAAGACAGGGCAGUUCCCUGCCGGUGCCAACUUCGCCGUGUGGGGCUCGUUUGCGCUGAGCCCAGACUACUACCGGAAAAGGUAUAACUUAAGUACGGACCACGGUUGCCUCGACUCGCAGCUCGGUUCCUUCAAGACAGUGCUCGCACGGAUAGCUCCUGGAAAAGCUGCCACCAAGAGACUCCUCAGCGAGUCCCUUGUCAUCUUUGGCGAGAUCGGCGGCAACGACUAUAACUCCUGGUUCUUUGAUCCUCGGCGCAGCAGGGACACGCCCCAUCAGUACAUGCCUGACGUGAUAGCCCGCAUAGGUGCCGGCGUCCAGGAUGUGAUUAACCUCGGCGCAAAGACGAUCCUUGUUCCGGGGAACUUCCCCAUCGGGUGCAUUCCGGUUUACUUGAAUGAUCACAAGAGCAACAGGUCUUCGGAUUACGACCAGUUCGGCUGCCUCAAGUGGUACAACGCGUUCUCCCGGAAGCACAACCAGCUAUUGAGGCAGGAGGUCGGCCGGCUCAAGUCUCGCAACCCCAGCGUGAAGAUCAUCUACGCAGACUACUAUGGCGCCGCCAUGGAGUUUGUCAGGAACCCCAAGAGGAAUGGUGUCGACGACCCUCUGGUGGCGUGUUGUGGUGGCAACAGCCCAUACGGCACCGGUCGCGGGUGCGACCAGAACGCGAAGGUUUGCCGUGACCCGUCCAGGUUCGCCAACUGGGACCAGGUUCACAUGACGGAGAAGGCGUAUAGUGUCAUCUCCAAUGGGGUGCUCAACGGCCCGUAUGCGGACAUCCCAUUGCUCCAUGCUUGCUAG